AUGUUGUUUGGGCGUUCCUUUCCAGACUUUUGUUUUUUUGGCCACGACAGACUGUCCUACUCUCCUGCAAUUUCUACAGAACAACGCCGGUUUCACUUCGCACUUUGACCUGCUUUCGAACCUCCACAGUUGCGCGUCCAGGUUGGACCUUCCGUGCCCUUUCCAGCAGCUACUCCGUGAGACUUGCGGCUUUCCGCUUUUUCAGUGCGUGACCAAAGUGUGCCCGCCUCUCGGAUUCUUCGCUUUGUCCGAUCGUUUUUCAAAGGAAACCUACAAGGCCCGUUGCACCCGCUGGACAGGUGGAGGCGAAUAAUGGAAACGAACAAGGACUCCGCAGCAGUCUCGUCCCCAUCACCACCUCCCGAGACAUUACCAGAGAUAAUCCGCUCGUGGGCUUCAACACCGCUGCAGGAGUUUGAGACUUUUUAUGGCUACAUGUCAACCCCCUCUGAUGCUCUACUCAUUCUGGAUGCCUGUCGAAAAGGCAUGCUUCAUACUCUCAAGCAAAGGCCGAAGAAGCCACUUCGGACAGCGGAUAAGACUGGCGAUGAUGACGCCAUUGUUAUAAGAAGUGGCACUAUUAUAGUCUUUGAGGAAAAUGGCACAAGAAUGCGGAGAUGGAGAGAUGGCCUGAAGUGGACACCAUCUCGGAUUUCGGGGCCUUUUCUCAUUUACAGGGAACUAAAUACCUGUCAGUCGCCUUCAGAAACAGCCACCUCCUCACCACCCGCUGAAUACGCCCGCGGCAUAGAUCCUCCAUAUUCUGCGGCGCUCACCGGUUCCGCAAGCGUUAAACCAACAGGCCUAAUCAAAAAGACAUUUGCAGCAACGCUCCAGAAUGCCAAAUAUCAUAUAAUAUCGUAUUACGCACGGGAAGACGUCCUCGGUGGGCGAUUAGGCACACCCACUCAGUGGGCAGCAAUGAACGGGUUAGACUUUGAUGAGGAUGUUUGGUCUGAUGUAAAGAUGACAGGUGGCUGGAAUCUGGACGGAAAGCGACUGGACGGAAAGCGAGUACUUGCUGCAAAAACACGGGGAUCAGUGAAAGCGGAGCAGAAUGGAGCGGAAAGACGUUCGCCGCAAACGCAGAGUAGUGAUGGAUCAGUAGUUGCCGUGACACCAUCCCUCGUUGCCGGAACGCAAGCCGUAACACCACAGGGAGACUCUCCCGACCACAGGCAUUCCUCCCAGAGCAAUGUUUGUGAUUUGUUGAGACAGAUGACUCCUGUAUGCCACGCGUUUACUCAGUCGUUGCCUUCGACUGACACAGCAACUCAGUCACAUCAAUGCGCAUCACAAACGUUCGAUCACCUCACCGUACCCGACUCGCAGUGGGCUAUUCGUAGUUUUCUCGGCGAGCGUCUUGAUUCAGGACAGAGCGGAACCAUGGCAAAUACCCUACUGCAGACUUCGUCCCCAAUAUCACCAGUGGCCUGUACUGAGAUGCUGCAAAUGCAGGGAUUAUCUCACGACGAAACCCCAGGAGGUAGCUUUCCGUUGAAUGAUCUAGAGUCCCUGCUCGCAUCGUUUUCAAGUAGCACACCUCCACAACACACAUCCAUUCAUCAUCAUACCAUUGCGGCACAUGCGCCAUCUCCAUCACCUGUCAACACUGGAGGUUAUCCAACUCCAGUUUCGAUCCCGGAUUCUGGGUUUGCGGACAUUGCUGCCUCUGAAGGAUCAGCUAGUUCCGGAUCCCUUCUAGACAUGUGGCAAAAUAGCAGCGAUACUCUUGUCGAGUCAACCGAUCUGUAUCAUGGUUCAGAGCUGGAAGGACAUUCCAUGGCGGACUUGAUGCUGUUGACACAGCAAACCAUAUUGCCGCACUUACCGCCACCCACUGAAACACCUCCCAUGUACAUUCCCACCACGAUGUACACAGCACCAACCACAUUCGGAGAGCUUCCCGUCUCAGUGAUGAGCAACCCCCAGUCGGAGCCCGCAAUGUCGCAUUCCAACGUUCAUGCGGUUCCAACUGGCUUUGACAACGGAGCCCGUCGCUUACAACAGCGAGGAGCUCAGCGACCAGGAGUUAUGCCAUAUAGUUGGACAAAAAAACGUAAAGGGAAUCUUCCUUCAUCUUCACCAGCAUCAGUACUUCAACCGACACAAUACCCCACCGCCACAACGCAUGUUUAUACUUCGGGCAUUAUUUGGCCAGAGGAGGACCUGCACGCUAUCCCUUCUGCCAUCGGAGUUAGCACUGUCUCACCUUAUUGAGUGCAACAAAGGUCUUUUUAAUUCUUGUACGUGUUUUAUAUGCAGCGGGAUUCGACAGGCUGGCUUAAGACAGUCUAGUAUUCGCUGAGAUGUGAACGGGAUCUUAUUUUGUUGUAUAUACUUCACUGAAUAUUUGACUUUUAUCUUGGUUGCG